AUGGGCAUGCUAUCAUGGUUGCGUCCGAGUGGUCGUGUUUCAUUCUUCCACUCAAAAGACAAUAACUUAAUUCUGAAAAAAGUCGGGAAAGGAACCAAACAACAGAUCACCUUGACGGAUCUCUGUCGUACUGCCACACCAAAGACAUGUACGCUCAACCCGUUUUUAUUCAACGGUCAUCUCCAGACGGCCUGGACUACGGUGAAAUUUGAUGACGUUCCUGUAUACUAUAAACGCUGGAUGUUCGAAGCCGAUAACCCGAUGUUCAGCGGGCAUUUCGCGGUGGAUUUCGUUGUCGAUCCAUUCGAAGCUCCUAAAGAUAGCCAACUGACAGAUCAGGAGAGAAAAUACACUCAACCAUCGGGGUUACCGGAAAGGACAGCAUUCUUUGCGGCAGAUGAAUUCGACGCGCUUCCUUCAGAUGAUACGAAACCCAUGCUUGUUGUCCUCCAUGGUCUGAGUGGUGGAUCACACGAGAUUUACCUCCGCCACGUCCUGGCACCCCUCAUUGCUGAUGGGGCAUGGGAAGCGUGUGUUAUCAAUUCUAGGGGCUGUGCUCAAACUAAGAUUACCAGCGGUGUGCUAUAUAAUGCCCGUGCCACGUGGGAUUAUUUGGGCGAAGAAGGUGAGGCUUGCCAGUUGAAAGCUGCGGUACUUUGCGCAAGCCCUUGGAACCUAGAAGUAAGCUCCGUGAGCUUGCAAAGCAGCUGGAUGGGACUCGAGGUCUACAGUAAAGUGAUGGGAUCAAACAUGAAACGACUCUUUGAGCAUCACGUAGAUGAGGUCUCCAAGAAUCCUCGAGUUGAUAUUGAUGCAGUUCGGAGCACUAAAUACCUACAUGAGUUCGACCGGGCUUUGCAAUGUGCUUCAUGGGGUUACCCCACAGAGGGCGCCUACUAUCGUGAUGCUUCGUCCGUUGACUCGCUUCUUGCUAUUAAAAUCCCUUUCUUUGCUGUACAAGCUGAAGAUGACCCGAUUGCUACCGUCAAAGCACUUCCUUUCCAGGAAAUCGGGCAAACCCCUUAUGGUGUUAUGAUGACAACGUCCUGGGGUGGGCAUCUUGGCUGGUUUGAACUUGGAGGCAGCAGAUGGUUUGUGAAGCCAGUGACCAAUUUCUUAAACCUCAUGGCCAAGGACGUCGACCUCGAGGCUCCUUUCUUGGUCGAGAACCCCGACAAGGCUCCAGGCCACGUUGCUAACAAUACCAGCAACCUCGAUGUAACACCAAAACCUGAUUUCAAUCCCAUGCGUCGCAAACUGGAUUUCCAGUCUGCACUCUUGAACUAG